UGUCUCCUCAACGGGCCUCCGCGGGCGACAUUUUCUCCUCCUCGCGUCGAAGGCCGUCGUGAAACGAAGCGCCGGGAGCGGCUCGAGCGACGCGCCUCCCGCCCGCCCCCGCCCAGCGGAAAGCGCCCAGGCGGGUCUCCGCAGUCGCCGCACAGCCCCAGCGAGGCCCGCGACGCCCGGCCGCUUCUCGGCCUCGCCGCCGGGGCCUGAGGGCGGGAGCGGGAGCGGCGCGGAGGAGGCAGGCGGGACGAGGCCGGGUGCAGCGCCCGGCGCCCAGCCAGGCCCCGCUGGGGGAAGCCGCCGGCCGAGCAGAGCUGCGAGCCGUUGGCGACGGAGGAGCCGCCGGGCGCGGCGGGAAAGGGCGGCGGUGGAGGGGCCUGCAGGGCCGAGUGCUGCCCGGUGGCGCGGCUGUUGUCCGGGGAGAGCCUGCGAUGAAGGUGAUUAAACAUUCUGAGGAGGCCCUGAAGGUCGCCCUGAUCUCCAAGGACACACAGCUUGUGAAGCUGUAUGACAAGUUUACACCCAAGGAGAAGCUAUUGCUCAAUGAAGCGUUCCAGCCACACUGCAUUCUUUUUAAGCCCAUCACUCUACAUUCUGAUUCAGAUUGGAUCUCCUCGCACCCAGAACCCACCCAAGAUUUUGCACAGUUUUAUCACGACCCUUGCCGAAGCACCCCUUCUCCCCAGAAGAGUCACAUUUAUAUCCAGCCCAUUGGUUCUUUUGGAGAUUCUAGAGUUAGUGCAGAUGUCUACAUGAGAUGGCUGAAGGAUUAUUGUGAAGCCUUUUACAAUGGUCUGGCUGUAAGAAUCUUGGGGCCGGAGCCAGUUUCGCAUACAAAUUGCGCUUUUCGAGUCAAUGAACACACACACAAUCUACAGAUUCAUACAGGACACCUCUUGAAAUACUUAAAGAAAAAACCAACGGAUGCCUUCUGCAUUGUGGGAAUAACAAUGAUAGACCUUUAUCCAAAAGAUUCCUGGAAUUUUGUCUUUGGACAAGCCUCUUUAACUGAAGGAAUGGGGAUCUUCAGCUUUGCAAGGUAUGACAGUGACUUUUACAGUGUAAACUACAAAGGCAGGUUAAAGACUGCAAAGAAACUUCCUCUAGCUGACUAUUCUGUUUUUGACGGUUAUUAUACUCCUGAAGUCACCAGUACCCUGCUUCUGAGAUCCUGCAAAACUCUGACUCAUGAGAUCGGGCACAUCUUUGGGCUCCAUCACUGCCAGUGGUUGCAGUGUGUCAUGCAAGGGUCCAAUCACCUGGAGGAAGCAGAUCGACGUCCACUGGACCUUUGUCCUAUUUGCCUGCGCAAGUUACAGUCUGCCCUUGGCUUCAAUAUUAAGGACAGAUACAAGGCACUGAAAAGAUGGAUGGAGGAAGAAACGAAUGGAACUGAAGCUGAACGCAAUGAAGCCAGUCUGGGUUUGCAGAAACCUUUGGAAGCAUUUAAAGAAAGCUAUGACCGGAUUGCCAAAUGCCUAGAAGUGCUGCACGAGUAAAAUCAUUGGGUAUGUGAGUUGAGAAUUGACACUGCUACUAAAGCACCGUGAUGAUAAACUUAUUAUCUAUUUCAGGUUAAAAUUUAAAUAACUGGUUCAACUUUUAGUGAUCUGUUGAUUUUGUGAGUAAAAUUUCACAUAUCUUAAUUUUAGAUCCAGAGGAGUUAGCCGUGUUAGUCUGUAGUAGCAAAAUCAAAAAGAGUCCAGUAGCACCUUUAAGACGAACCAAUUUUAUUGUAGCAUAAGCUUUCGAGAAUCACAGUUCUCUUCGUCAGAUGCAUGGAGGGCAAAAAGAGAAACUGGUCAGAUAUAGAGGAGGAGAGGGGAGGGUGGGGUAGAUGCAAACAGCUCCUUCUCAUAUGGAGAUCAGUUUGCUUGUGUAAAGGUUCAGAGGAGUUUUCCGUGUUAGUCUGUAGUAGCAAAAUCAAAAAGAGUCCAGCAGCACCUCCAAGACCAACCAAUUCCACUGCAGCACAAGCCUUCGAGAAUUUUAGAGUUCAUCCUUUGUUCCAAUAUAUUGGAUGUAGCAUCAUGCAGCAUGAUUGGUUUUCCCUGUUUCAAAACAUAUCACCUACGUUGAAUGGAGGGCAGAAAGCCACAUAUGUACUUAUUUUUGAGAUAUUUGGUAACAAUAUCAUUAUUUAUCAGAAGCAUGGCUGUGUAGUAUUUCCUUAACUUGUUGAAAUAAGCAGCAGUAACUGUCAGACAUACACUGAAAAUGCAAAUAUAUCCUGUUCUGUGUAUUGUCGAAGGCUUUCAUGGCCAGAGAACGAUGGUUGUUGUGGAUUUUCCGGGCUGUAUAACUGUGGUCUUGGCAUUGCUCUGUUCUAUUCUGUUCUGUCUGUCUGGCUAGUACUGCUCAUACAGUUAUCGCCUUAAGCAGAAAUUAAAAUGGGAAGAACCUUA